GGAAUGAACAUGAAGCAUAUCUGGAUGGAAAAAGCAGAGCCACAGAGAUAAGUAUCCAAUGGUUGUGAAUGUAUCAGACUGGUCGGUCGCGACUGUGGACCCAAAGCUGGAGCCCUGCUAUAACUAUACUGAAGCCUGGCUGUGGCUAUCCUCCCUGCAGCCAGCCUUCCUGGGUAUGAUCAGUGUUGUGGGGGUGGUGGGAAAUGGCCUCGUUCUCUGUGUGUUCUGCCUACAGAGAAAGCCCUGCACUGUGGCCGAUGUCUACCUGGGGAACCUGGCAGCUGCUGACCUGGUCAUGAUGUCCUGCCUUCCCUUCUGGGCUAUCACUAUCGCCCGAGGCUACCAGUGGGACUUUGGAGAGGUCCUCUGUAAGCUAGUGAACAUGGCCAUCUCUAUGAACUACAUCUGCAGUAUUCUGUUCCUCAUGCUGGUCAGCGUGGACCGCUACCUCGCUCUUGUGAAGCCCUUGAGCCCCAGCCGUCUGAGGAGAGCCUCCUGGGCUAAGCGUAUCUGCCUGGGGAUCUGGAGCCUGGGCUUCCUCUUCACUAUGCCCAUCCUGCUCUUCCGCACAGUGUCGUACGUCGAGGAUCCCAGUGUGAAUGCCUGCAUUUUGGCCUACCCCCAUCCAGUGUGGAGGUUGCACCACAACAUCACCAAGAACGUGUUGGGCUUCCUAAUCCCUGUCCUGGUGGUGGCUUACUGCACCCGUCACAUUGUGAUUGCACUGAACGACCGGAGGACCAGAGGAAUCCCCGGGGUGAGGGCGGAGAGAAAGGCCACCUACUUAGUCCUGGCCGUACUGACUGUCUUCAUCUUCUGCUGGACACCGCACCAGGUGAUGCUGUUCCUUGACACUCUGGAUUACUUCCAGGUCACACCUGGAUGCCUUUGGGGUCAUGUCCUGGACAUUGGAAUACAGCUGUCCACAUAUCUGGCGUACAGCAACAGUGCUAUUAACCCCUUCCUGUUUGUCAUUGUAGGGAAGCAUUUCAGGAAAAGGGUAAAAGAGGUGUUUGGAAAAACUUUGAACCCCUGGUCAAAAGACAUUACCUACCUGACGGUGAGCUUCACCUCAAUUAAUAGACUCAAUGAAACACAGCGUGUAGGAAUUGAAAAACUUGAAAACUCUGGAUUAAAACAAACUGCACCAUGACCAGUAGCUGAGAAAGAGCACUGUACUGUGAUCACUUAAUAGAAGGUCUGAAAUAGUAGUUGCCUGCAGUGAUUCAUUUUAAAGCUGUUCUAAGUAUUAGUAUCUGUUUUUUUGUAUCAGUAUGUGGAUUUUUGCCAGAAGUGGGAGUGGCAAAACUGGAAGUCUGCCUCAUUUUCUGUAUUAAACAGUUUUUGGCCACUUGAGGGGCAGCAGAACAAGCCGUAAAAACACACACAACAAGACCCUGCAAUCCUGACCCCUGGAACAGUGCCGUGGAGCUCUUUGCUUGAUGCAGUUGGACAGAACAGCCUAGAACAGUUGUUGUACAGUUAUCCAGAAUAUGUAUAAAUGUAUAUUCAGCCAAUUACUUGGAGAGAAAGAGUAGCUAGCAGGUUUUCAAACCCUAUCUAUCUAAAAUGCUGAUUAGUGCAGCUUUAACCAAAGCUUCUUGUGACCCAACAAGGUAUGCAUUGAUCUGGAAUGUUCCAGAUGAUUCCUGUUGAGUGGCAGUUGCUGGAGGCCAUUUGUCUCAGUAAUGCCAAGGGACUUAUUUUAUCUUGUCUGUGUUUCUGCACCCUCCUUUCCUUUACCUUGUCUUAUUGCCUUUGUCAUGAUUUUGUUGAUUUGCUGAGAAAUAUUAUCAACUUUAACAGACAAGUAUUUUUUAUGAUGUAAUUAGUGCUAAAUAACAACUGUUGAGUGCUGAAGAUGAAUCUAUAAAGACUUUCAUUGUCUCUGAGCUUCUUCUGUAUAUGACUAAGUGCAUCAUUAUGAAGGCUAACUAUUCAAAACUUGAAAGAGAGAAGCAGUUUAAUAAAGAUCCAGUUUUCUUAGUAGUUGUCGGUAUUUUUUUUAAUAAAGGCGUUUUGUAUCUUAAGUGAGCACAGAACUACUGUUUAACUUGUUCUAUGAAACAUAAAUGGUAAGCCUGGUGGUAUUAUAUUUAUGUUUUGUCAAAAACACUGAAUUUAUCUUACUACAGUGUGUAUCCAAUGGGGGAAUAACUCAAACUACUAUCUGUGUAUGUAUCUGUAUCUGUAUACAAGAAGUUAAAUGGUCUAGUCUGCUUCAUUUUCUGUAUUAAACAGUUUUUUACUGUCA